AUGGACUCAGAUGUGGACCAGGUGGUGAAUGACCAUCAACAAGAGGAUCGGGAAAUGGGAGAUGCGCCAGCCCAACCGGCGUCGCUUCCACAUGGCGCGCCUCAACCGGCAUCCCUUCCUUAUACAGACCUCAAAUUCGCCACUCUUUCUCCAGACUCCGACCUCACAUCUUCCACAAACCAAAUACCAACAAAUUCCGCCUCCUCACUGUCCAACCUCAACAACACCAUCUUAGAGACUACAGAAAGGCCAUCAGAAUCUCAAAAGAUGACAUCCAAGAAAAAGGGCACAGCAACUAUUAAGAAAACGCCCAAGCGUCCCAAGGGCGCCGGCCCAAAGUCCACCAAGUCCAAGAAACAGCUUGACACCGCCUCGGCCACCAGCAACACUCCAGCCCCAGAUGAUCUGGCUGGAGGCUCCGAUGAUGAGUCGGAUAAUGGCCCCUACUGUAUCUGCCGUGGACCCGAUGACCACAGGUUCAUGAUAUCUUGUGAUGUGUGCGAGGACUGGUUUCACGGCGAGUGCAUCAACAUGGCUAAGGACGUUGGCGAGAACCUCAUCGAGCGCUUCGUCUGCCCCAACUGCACCGACGGCGACCAGAAUGUCAGUCUUUUCAAGAAGAUGUGCCAAUACAACAACUGCAAAAAGGCAGCCCGUCUCUAUGACGACGGACCAAAGAGCGCCUUCUGUUCUGACGAGCACAAGCAAAUGUGGUGGGAGGUGGCAAUCUCGCGCCUGCCGGUGAAGAAGACGUCUAAAAAUGCCACUGCACAGGAUGGCCUCACCCGAGAAGAGCUCAUGGGUCUUCUAGGCAGCAAUCUUGCCGGCAUUGACCCCACGGAUGGCAAAUUCAAGAUCAAUACUCGCCCCUUCGCCGCGCCUGCUGCCGAACCUAUGAGUCCAGAGGCUAAGAGCAAACCCCUUUCAGGCGUCUUGACUGAAGAGGAGGAGGAUAUCAUUAAGGCCUCGGCAGCUGACCGCUAUCGGAUGGGCGAGGAGACCGUCCUUUGCCAGAAGAUGUUGCAGCUCACCGAUAUGGCCAGUGACCGCCGAAAGGCGCUCAUCGCAUCCAAGAAGCUCGACGACGCCUCAUGCGGCUAUGACAACCGUCUCGACCAGGUCGGCGUGGUAGGCCCAUUUGGCUACUGGCUCAACCACUCGGAUGAGGCCAAGGAGAUCUUCAAGGCCGGUAACCUUGACGUUGGCAGCCAUCUUAGCGGUGAUGACAAGAAUAUCUGCGACAAGAAACGGUGCAAGACUCAUCAGGGCUGGUACUCGAUGCACACUAGGGAUGUGCGACACCUGAUGAAGAUACUAGCGAUGGAGGCUAACAAAAACCUUGACAAUGAGCGGCUCAUCAGAGAGGCGGCGGCGGAGCGGAAGCUGAGGAAGGAGGCGGAACACAAUAGCGUCCGGCACGUUGGCCCGGAUGGAACGUUUCUUCCAUCUGAAGUCAUGUAG